CGCGGCUGGACGCGAGACGCGACGAUCGAAUAUAGGUUCCGAUGCUGGCAAUCUUUUAUUUAGUAAAAGAUUCAUGCUGUAACAACUUCUCUAGAAUGAUGAAGGCAAAGUUUGUGACCGUUUGUAGAUUUUGCAUCCACGCUAUUAGUUUUCAUUGAAAUAUCAUUGAUAUAUUUAAACCGUGUCAUUACUAUUGCGCAAAAAUGUAUAGAACUAAAAAGGACGUCGAUAAACACGUGGAAACGUUAACAUCAAAAUUGUCUCUAAAAGAGUUUAACAGCCGUGCAUAUUCGAUCGCUCGGUUAUAUUUCGAUGUAGGGGACUAUGCAAGUUGUGUAAAAUACGUUGAACAAUACCUUACAUGCAAAGAUAAAAAUGCCGCCGCGCAUAAACUACUUGGACAGGCGUUUCAAAAAUCAGGACAAAAAGAAAAAGCUCUUGAGCAAUUCAAAAUUUCACUUGAUAUAGAUCCAACACAAACAAGUACCAUUCUUGACAUUUGCGAGUUGCUUGCUGAUGAUGAUGUUACCAUUGAUCCUGGACGUGCAAAAUAUUGGUGUGAAAAAGCAGAAGCUAUUUUCCCAAGACAUACAACAACUUUUCGACUUAGAGAAAAACUUUUAAGUAAAUUUAACCCAGACCCAGAAGCAUUACUUAAAUUACUAAAAGCAGAGCUUAUGGAAAGGCCAAAGGAAGCACUCCUUCAUGCUCAUUUGCUUAAACACUACCUGAAUUUUAAUCAAAUCAAAGAAGCAUUUGAACACAGUUGUAGUGUAGAAUUUGAUAACAAUUAUUUUUCACUAAACAAUGACUGGUAUGAAAUAAUUUCCCAAGUUUUAAAGAAUUACACUUUUGACACAAAAGAUUGGUUAUACCAAUUACUUUUGCUAACCGUUAAAGAGAGACUAUGUCUCCUAAGUCUUACAGAAAUACCCAGUGGUUCAUCAAAGAGCUUGAUUGAAUGUAAUUAUUUUCUUUUUCAUUAUGACCAAGCAAUAGAAAAUGUUGCUCGUGUUGGUGCACCUAGUGGACAUUCAGAGUUUCACUCUUAUCUUUUGCAACAUCACAAAGGCCAGUUAGCUUUCCACACAGCAACAUUUUUACUUAAAAAGGCAAAAAAAGACCAAAUAAACUGGCGAGAAAGUAUUAGACUAGCAGAUCCCUUAAUGCUAAUUGCUUGGCAAACAGUUCCAAUGGAUUCUAAUGUAAAUUGGCUUCUCCAUGCACCAGAAAAACAAAGAAAGGUAGUUCAACGAUGGUACAUUGAGGGUAGCUAUAGAUGUUCACAGUCUGGGCAUUAUUUACUUUCAAAUUGUCAGGAUAAAAGUCAACUGUUCUUAGAUCAAAUAUCACAACACUGUUCUGGCUCUGAAUGGAAAGAAAAACUAUACAAGAAACUUUAUCCAAUAAGUGAAUUCCAAGCAAAUAUUAAGACUUCUCAUAUUACAUCCAAUUCAUUCCAUGUUCCUGCAAUCAGGUUACCAAGAAGAAGUGAAGUUGAGGCUUAUGAUGACAAUGCUCAAAGAGAAUAUCCAAAUUCCUUACAUCAUAUUGUUUGGAUUUUAGUGAAUUACAAAAAUUUAUCUGAUUUUAAAUGUACUCUUUUUGACAUGUUAAUGCCUACUUUUACAAACAGCGGACCAGAAGCCCUCAGCAAGAUAGAUGUUUAUGCAUUUGCUUACUGCGCUGCAUUGACUGCAAAACAAAAACAUAAUCAAAAAUCAUAUGCUACUGAUGAUAAACCAUGCACUAUACCAGCCAAUAUUACUGAUUUACUUUGUAGUCUUACACAAAUGAAAUGGUGGGAUUGUGCAUAUAAAUUCUGUCAAAAUGAACUAGGUACAGAAUUAACCGAUAUCCGAGCAACAUUAAGUGCUGGAAUUGAAGUAGUAAGGUGUAUAGAUAAUCAUGGUUUAGAUCCGGAGCUUCUAUGCAUUCUUGGUCGGAUUUUUAGUGAGCAAGCUAAGGCAAUAACUGAAGAAGAAAAAAGCAAUAAAUUAGAAAUGAGAGCAUUUCUAUAUUACUCAGCAGCUAUACCACUCUUAAAUCAACUGAAAAACAAUACUAUUGUGAAAGUACCUAAAAAACGUAUCUUUGACUAUACACAUCCAGAACUUGGAUCUAAAGAACUUAACACAUUAAUUGAGGAAUGCAAGCUUUAUGUGGCUCUCAUACAUCUUAGAGAUGGAGAGUUUGAAAAAGUUAUUGAUUUGCUAGCUAAUAUAAAAAGCCCCAAGGCCUUUUAUUAUCUAGGCGAAACAUAUAAAAGAAUUGCUUUAGAUGAAAUAGCAAACUCAAAAGACACAGGAGCUGACCCAAAAUGUAUGUCAUUAUUAAUGAAAUCUAAACAGUUUGCAUAUAAAGCUUUGGACAAAUUAAAGCAAACUGAAGCUUUCAAAAGUACCAACUUAUAUUCUGAAACACAAGAUUUGAUCGAAGACAUAGAGGCUUGUAUAAAUAAAGUUGAUCCAGACUAUUCUACUCAUGUUAACAACACAGAAGGAAAGUAUGUAUCCGACGAAAACAUUUCCUUGAUUACCAAUGAUCAGUUUUCUAUUCGUCCUAACCAUCAUUUUCGCAAUAUUAGUUCUACGCCUAAACAUCAAUCGCAAGCUAACAUUACCAAUUAUCGAUCUGCAAUAGACUCGCAAUUAUUAGAAAACAAUAGGAUAGAUAAUCAGUAUUUAGAAAGAAUUGAAACACACAUAAGAAAUUUGCAAAAAAGAGAUGCAAUGAUUAAUGACUUCAUGGAACAAACCAAAGUAUGGUUUAAAGAAAAUAAUACAAUGGGAAACCAAAUAAUAAACACUAUACAUUUAAAUACAGAAAAUACUACUGAACAAUUUAAACUUCUUAAAAUAUCAUUAGAUCAAGUUAAAGGUCAAAUAGAUGAAUGCAGAAACGAAUGUAAAGAUGUUGUGGAGUUAAAGAAACAAGUAGCUGAGUUAAAGAAAGAAGUAUUUAAGCUGAAGAAAGGAUCUUCUGAUUCAAUGGCAAAUGAUAAUGACUUGUAUAAUUUGGAUGACAAUUAUAGAUCAACUGAGAGCACAUCAACAUUCACACCGCAUAUACCAUUUACACCAUCCCAGGUUAUGCCACCCUUUACGCAACGACUUGUGCCGCCGUUCCCAAUUCCUUCUAAUCCAUACCAUAUGUAUGGGCAAAAUUUAUACAGCUUAUACAAUCAGUAUUCUCAAUUUACCCAGCCACAAUCUGUGCCUGGAGCGCAAUUAUUUGAUCCUACUAGAGGUCAAAUGAACUAUCCUAAUGUGUAUCCAACACCGGAUCAAAUGUAUCUUGAUGCCCAUCUUAUCCCUACUAAUAUGUCGGCUGCAUCUACACUACCAUCUGUGUCGACGAUACCUAUGGUGUCUACAGUACCUGUGUUGUCAGCGACAAUCGUAACAACUUCAGUAUCCAAAGCACCUAUGUCAACAACAGUUCCUACUUUAAAACCAACCCAUUCUGUUGAUGUUAAAGAGCCUUCACGGUCACUACCCGUGAAUGUAGUUAUAACCUCAUCUGAUCCUUUACCUACCAGUGCUGCUAUUCCUGCGCCAGUAUUGAGUGUAACAGUCCCACCCCAGCACAUAAAGGGAAGUCCUCAUAAUUAUCAGAUACCAUUGCCAACUACUACUGAAAGUAAGACUGUAUCACCCCCAAAGCUUGGUUUUAUGCAAGGGUUGAAUAAACAAAUUGUCACUACAAAUUCUUCUACCCUUUGGAAUCCAUCCAUAUUUGCCGAUACUCAAUCUACUAGUCUGUUCAAUAGCUCUUCACAAGACAAUUCCAAUGUAGUCAGCGGUGCUGCGUUUGAUUCAUCGCCUAAUAUUACUCUUAACAAAUCUCGAACAUUAUCAGAAAAAAGUAAUACAUCAGUAGAGAAUUAUGAUCCCUGCCCCGACUUUAAACCAAUCAUACCUUUACCAGCAGAGGUAAAGGUGACAACCGGAGAAGAAGAUGAAGUUGUAAUAUUCAGCGCGAGAGCCAAAUUAUUCAGAUUUGUUGAUAAGCAAUGGAAAGAAAGGGGUCUAGGUGAAAUGAAAUUAUUGCAGCAUAAUAAGACUGGCAAAGUCAGAGUACUAAUGAGAAGAGAACAAAUUCAUAAAAUUUGUGCUAAUCACAUCAUUUUGCCUGAAAUGGAAAUUAAACCAAUGAUGAAUGAGACGAAAGCUUACUUUUGGGUUGCAAACGAUUUUGCCGAAGAAACUGUUAUAUUUGAAAAAUUCUGUAUAAGAUUCAAAACUGCUGAAAUUGCGAAACAGUUUUACGACACAUUUGAAAAGGCUCGACAAGAAGCUAUAACUUCUUCGAAAAGUACCCUACAUGAAAAUCAAAAAGUACUUGAAAAUUUACAGGGUACCAAAGUUGAUUUGGAUCAAAAUAAAACCGUUGUUGGUGGUUUUACAUUUUCGACUACACCAUCUUUUAAAACUAUCAGUAAUGUGACUUCGAGUGAGACACCUACGACCGCACAAACAUCAAAAAGUAAUGUUUUUAGUACAUUGUCAUUUAAACCCAACACCAGCACACAGUUUUCAAACUUGUUUAGUACUACAACAAAACAAAUUGAUUCAGUUGCUCAAAAUCAGCAACAUACCGAAAAAAGUAAUAAAUUGAAUACUUCCGAUACUGUUGAAGAAUUUGAACCUGCAGUUGAUUUCAAACCUGUGGUACCUUUACCCGCUUUAAUUGAUCAAAAAACUGGCGAGGAAGAUGAAAUUAUUUUAUUUGAACACCGUGCAAAAUUAUUACGAUAUGAUUCAUCAGCCAAAGAAUGGAAAGAACGAGGUCUUGGAAAUAUAAAAUUAUUGAUGCACAAAGACAAUAAUCAAAAGAUUCGUCUAUUAAUGAGAAGAGAACAAAUAAUGAAAGUGUGUUGUAAUCAUGCUAUUAGUAAAGAAAUGACUUUCCAGAAAAUGCCAAAUAUGGAUAAAGCCGUAACAUGGUGCGCCAAAGACUUCUCAGAGGGAGAAUUAGUCGCUGAAACUUUCUGUUUGCGAUUCAAAACGGUACAAAUUUGUGAUGAAUUUCUAAAAGCUGUCACAUCAGCACUUUCUAUAAUUGAUGAUUCAAAAGCACCUAAAGAAGGAAAGAAUGAAGAUAAACAAAUUAAUCAAACCAACGGCGAUAAAAUAAACCAACCUCAAAUUGAUACAUCAUCUAGUUGGGGUGAUAAGUUUAAACCUAAAGCUGGCUGUUGGGAAUGUAAAACUUGUUACAUCCAGAAUAAACCAGAUGUAGCAGUAUGUUGCGCUUGUAAUACUCCAAAAGAACCCACAUCAAAUUCCGUUCCCAAACCAGAUUCUAAAACUGAUAAUCAAUAUACCUUUGUUAUGCCCAAGACAAAUAAUGCUCUUUCUGGUUGGGGAGAUAAAUUUAAACCUAAGGAAGGUUCAUGGGAAUGUGAGAUGUGUUUGGUAAGAAACAAUAGCGACGUCACUGAAUGUAGCGCGUGUAACAAACCCAGAUAUCAGAAUGCUGUACCUAAAGAAAACAAAUUAUUUGAUCCGAAUAAAAAAUCAAUAUUUUCAAACAAUGUUUCAAGUCCCAAAUUUACUUUUGGUAUUUCUCAUAAUUUAAAUGAUGAGGCUGUAAAAAGUGAAACAAAUUUGUUUAGCACAAAUACCACACAAAAAUUUACCUUUGGCAUUCCUAGUGUGAUUUCUUUUGGGGACCAAAAGACGAAUACUAACGUGUUCGGUGCAUCGAAGUCAGUUGAAAAAGAACAGCCUUUAAAUUUUUCCAUUAAAAAUAAUGAUCCCAAAGUUUUUUCUGCUUCAAAAACCAAUGAAAAUGAAACAAAUGUCGUAAAAGGUUUUGGAUUUACCUACAAACCUCUGCAAAGUGAAGAUAAAUCUAAAGAUGUUGAGAAAAAUAAAUUUGGAUCUGUAGAAGAAGCAAAACCUAUGUUAAACCCAUUAAGUAUUUCGAAAGCGGUUGGCAAUGUUAAUGAAGAAGAAAAUGGGAUUUCAAUAUUUGGACAAAGGGGCCUGUUGUUCAAGUUCAUUUCUGGUAAUUUGGAAAAAGAUGGAGCUGGCAUAGUCGAAAUAUUCAAGUGUAAAGAGAACAAUAAAUUAAGAAUAGUGCGCCAUGACAAAAAUUCGACUGUUUACAUUAAUCAUAACAUAACGCCAGAAAUUGAAUGCAAGGUAAGAGAUGAAAAAACCUUGCAUUUAACUAUUAACGACUGUAGCGAAGGCGAAUCACGCAUAGAAAACUUUUGCAUUAAGUUUCCAAACCCCGAAAAUGUAGUGAAAUUCAAGACAGCUCUAGACAUUGCUAGAAUUUCUGAAGCCGAAUGCAAUAGUUCUAAGAAGGACACUGACGACGUUGUUUUCGUAAGUGAAAUACAGGCAUCCAAUGAAGACAAGCAAAAAGCUAAAGAGCUUAAACUCCCUGAAAAUUUUUACACUUACAAAAGUAAGCCCCCAUGUCAAGGAUGUCGAGGUUGUAGCGACGAAGAUGUUGCAAGUGAAGCAACAUGUAAUUCUACAACUACAAUGGUAUCUAACACUGCUGUUGGGGCUUCGGGAACCAACAUUUCCACUCCUGUUAAGGGUUCCAAACAAAGUCCAACGAAUUCGUCUUAUGGGACUCCAAACAACUCUAAUGAAACAGCUGAUGUUUCUAUUUUCCGUACUCCCUUAGGAGCGAUUGGUUCCAACAUUGUUAAUACAAGUAGUACAAGCAAAGACAAUAAUCUAACUGACAAGUCUAGCUCUGGUUUAUCUGAACAGAAAUUGACAUUUGGAGCUACAAAUAUUUUUUGUCCUCAGCCAUCAUCAGUUACGAAAAAAUCUAUUUUAGCUCCACCGAAAUUAGAUACAGUUAAAAUUAAUACAUCUUUAGAAAACAAAGAUACAGAAGUUGAUACAAAACCGAUAAACGCAUCUGCAGGAGUAUCUAGUAAUAAAUCAAUAUUUGAUUUGUCAAGUAAUAAGAAGGACAUGUUCCAAAAAAAUACUGAAAUCAAAUCUGUCUUUGGAGAUGAUCAAAAGCCCAUUAACCUCUUCAGUGGAAUGAAUCAAGGAAGUUUAUUUGGUCCAGCUGCUUUAAAGAGUGAUUCUCCAAAAUUGGGCCAGUUUAGUCCUUUCAGUACUCAAGGUCAAACAUUUAGUAGUAUUUUCGGAAAAGUUUCAAAUGAACCUGUGGCAAUUGGCUCCAAACCUAAAGAGAAUAUCAGUCAAAUAGCAGCCGUGGCAGAACCUCAAACAAAAGAGAAUGCUGCAUCUAAAGAUGACAAAGAGAAUACGGUGACAGGACCUUUAAAAAUUGAUAAUGACUUGUCAUUUGCCACAUUAUCUUCAAAUGCCUCUGGAUUUAAUAUUCAACAGAGUGCAGAUUUCAAAUGGGAAGGAGCUGGCCAGCAAUUGUUUACCAGUAAAGUGAAUAAAGAUAGAUCACAAGAUAGUGUAGAGGGUGAUGCUGAAGGGGCCGUCGUAGACGAGUAUGAUCCUCAUUACGAGCCCAUUGUUCCAUUGCCAGCUAAAAUUGUUGUAUCUACAGGCGAAGAAGACGAGGUAAAGCUGUUUGGUGAACGUUGUAAAUUAUUUAGAUAUGACGAAAAAGGUCGAGAGUGGAAAGAGCGUGGCGUCGGCGAGAUCAAAGUACUAUUUCAUCCUAAACAAAUGACUUAUCGCCUCCUACUUCGACGAGAACAGGUACAUAAAUUGGUACUCAACAUGUUGCUGUUCAUGGACCUACAAUUAUUGCCUAUGAAGAACUCAAACCGCGCCUGGACCUGGGCCGGAAUGAACUACGGCGAAGAGAAUGCAGCCGGCGAGCAGGAGAUGUUAGCCGUGAGAUUCAAAACGCCUGUUAUCGCUACUAAUUUCCACGACAAAGUUGUUGAAUGUGUUCGGUCAUUACAAGCCGCGGCAGCGGAGGCGAUAAGAAAAGAAAAAGAAACAGCAGAAGCAAAAGGAAAAUCUGUUCCAUUAGAAGUGACCAACGUCCCUCAGGCUGAGGAUAAGGCAAAGGUGGCAGAGAAUUUGGCUGUUACAAGUAUCCAAGAAGACAAAGAUGCUUCCGCUGCCAGUGAAACUACCAAACAACCUGUCAUGGAGACUAGGCAGGUCCACUUUGAAGAGGUUGAAGAAGGUUAUUGUGUAGAAGAAGACGAAGGAAAUGACUACAGGGAAGAGGAUGAGGAUUACGAGCAUUACCAAAAUGAUGACUCCGAUGAAUACAAUGAGGAAGAAGAAGAUGAAUCAGGGAUAUAUUUUUCAUGUGAAGGUGAAGCAAUAGUAGAAAAAGGCAGCAACCGGGAAAGUUGCGCGCAGGCCAACAUACAAGUGCUGUUCGACCAGAACUUGUAUUCGCCCAAGAUCCUCGUCACUGACAUGAACACUGGCGAAGUGCUCGCCGAUACGCUCAUAUUUAUUGACACCGAAUUCGUGCUCAAUGGUGACUCAUGCUCGUGGUCUGGUAUGGGUGAUGAUGUUAACAAGACUUUCACAAUAAACUUCCCCGACAACGAAACAGCCGUUUAUUUCUACGACAGUUGCGAGACCAGUAAAACUGCUACUUGCUCAUCGAUGGAUAAUGAAUCAUAAAAUGUUAGACAAUUUCCUAAGAAAUAUAAUUAUUAAAAUAUUCAUGAAACCCUAAGUAAAUGAUUGAUAGUGUUCAAUUCUAUUACUUUGUAAAUAGUCAAAGUUACAUAAAAUUUAUUUGUAUCUUGAUUUUAAAUUAUAAUUUAUAACAAUUUUGUGAUGAUUUGACGAAUUAUUUUUUUUAUUAAAGUAUGUCAGUUAUAAAAAUCAUACCAAAAGAGUUUUUGUAACUAUAAAAGUAAUCUAUAAUUAGAACCAGUAAGUUUAAUGAACGUUUCAAUAUUGGAACAUUAAAAUUGAAACAUAUAGAUAUAGUUCCUGACUUAAGUAUGAUUUAUGAAAUGAGAAUGCUAUCAAUCGAAAACUUGACUUGUAUUUAGAUAUAGUUAUAAAAAAGCGCGCGAGCGUGUGCGAAGGCCAAUGUCCGAUUUGUGGUGGUGUGAGUGAUAUAACUGUGAAUGUCCACUAUCGACGCACUUAGAUAAGAAUUUAUUCCUCUCAUUAUCUUUGGAAAAAAAUUAUCAACAAUAUUUUUAAUAAAAGUGCUAAGGUAGUGGAAAUUCACCGUAAGGACUCGAAGUAUUCUUUAUCAUUUUUAGUCGCAUAGACAAUCUUCAUAUAGGACUUCACAACUCGCGCUAUCGCAUUAUUAAAAAUUGUACCAUUUUUUUUAUUUUACCAUCUGGUCAGUAACCAGUAUGGUUUAAGCGGAUGAAAAUUUUGGAGCUGUAUAGUUAUUUUGCUCUAGGUAUACAUUUAGUAAUUAAGGUCAAAAAGCCACUAACAUUUCCAAUUGUGGUCAUAUAAUUUCCCUAUUUUGUUUUAUUUAAUUUUGUUUUUAUUUGCUGUAAUUGUAAGUUAUCAUGUCAUCAAGAGAUCUGAUCAAUAUAAUUGUUUUAUAAUGUUGUUGGUAAUUGUAAAGUUAAUUGCAAGUUUGAAUAAAUAUUGUGAUUAUUAUAAGUGAUAAAAUUGAUCAGGUCUUUUUAUAAUCUAGGUCAUAGCGCGUGCACUGCAUUUGUAGCGACGACAGCUUCAUCUAUUAUUUAUAUAUAUCACUAGAUUCAGUUUAAAACUUACGAAUAUUUGGAAAUAAUUGAUGCAUAUUUCAAUUUGGAUUCUAAACAAUCUAUUUGAAUUGGCUGGUUGAUCAAGUACUUAUUAAAAUACAUAAAAGACAUGUUUUUAAAAACUUCUAAAUCUAUGUUAAAAUUACCAGAAUUUUAUUUCAACUUGUAGUGGGUAUUUUCAAACUACUACUAGUACUUGUACUGUAAUAUCUUCUCUGAUUCUAUUUCAUCUGCUUUUUUCUAGUGUUGUUCAUUACGAAUAUGUUAGGUCAUUUAAAAUAAUUCUCACAUUUAGAAUGAGAAAGGGAUGAUUGCUCGUUCGAUAUUUUUUAUAAAUCUGUUAUUGUUCUCUAAUUUAUGGAAUGUAUUAAAUUAUUGACAGAAAUAAAGAGUAUUUCCGUUUCUCAUUUAAUUUGUGCAAGUUUGUGAACAAUUUUAAUCAAGUAACAGAAUAAAUAAUU